UUUUCUCGGGGGCGUCCGUGCUGUCUGGCUCUCCUUUUCCGCUGCCGUCCUCUUGGCCCCCGGGGGCCUAUUACUCUCCUCCCUGGGACCGACGGUGGGCGGUAGCUCGUUGAGCGGUGGGUCCCUCUACCCCGCUCCCCUCCCUCAGCCCGGUCGCCCCGCCCCCGCGGGGCUGGGCGGCGAGGUCAGGGGCCGAGCGGAGCGGGUAUGGAAGAAGAUGAAUUCUUUGGAGAAAAAACAUUCCAGCAUGAUUGUGCAGAAUUCAUUAAACAUUCACAGCAGAUAGGAGAUGGUUGGGAAUGGAGAACUUCAAAGGACUCUUCUGAUGGCUACAUGUGCAAAACACAUUUGCAAAUUAAAAGUGGGACUACGGUGUCACAUCUAGGAACAUCUGCCCUUGUACAGACAUGUCUUCCGAUGGAGGAGGCUUUAGAGCCACCUCUGGAUGAUUUUGAGGUGACCGAGACUGCCACGGCAACCGAAGUGAUUAAAUAUGAGUAUCAUGUCUUGUAUUCCUGUAGCUACCAAGUGCCUGUGCUUUACUUCAGGGCAAGCUUUUUAGAUGGAAGACCUUUAGCUCUGAAGGACAUAUGGGAAGGCGUCCAUGAGUGCUACAGGACGCGGCUGCUGCAGGGACCCUGGGACACGAUUACUCAGCAGGAGCAUCCGAUACUUGGACAACCCUUUUUUGUACUUCAUCCCUGCAAGACAAAUGAAUUCAUGACUCCUGUGGUAAAGAAUUCUCAAAAAAUCAAUAGGAACGUCAACUACAUCACAUCAUGGCUGAGCAUCGUAGGGCCAGCUGUUGGGCUGAAUGUGCCUCUUAGUUAUGCCGGAGCAGCCUCUCAGGAUGAAUGAAAUGUCAGUGGACAAGGUGAAAAGAGAAGCCUGUGCUGCAUGUGUUGCUGUCACAAAGAUCCAGGUGUCUCUGCUGCACUUAGAGGUGUCAUCCCUGCUGGCCCCGCCAUGUAUUAAGUCUGCUUUCAUCUUUAGCAGGCUGGACACUGACUUCUUUGUUUAGUUUUCCAACCAACCAGCUGCUAAUUAUUUAGGAAGCAUUUGAUUUUGCUACAAUAAUCCUCACCCAACUACAGGCCUGGGCAGUUUUAUUUUAGAAUUGAUGUUCUUGAAACAAGUCUUUACUGCUCAGUUAACCUUCUUUUAUUCUCUUGGCUUUUGGUUUAUUCUUGUUCUUCUGAUUCUUUUAUUGAGCCAAAGAGCUUAGAAGAAUGUUGAAAGUUUACGUGGCCAGCCCUGGUUUUAACAGGAUCAAUAUUGUGCAAGAUUUCAGCUCACCGACGUUUUGACAUGGAUGGUUGCCCUUGGAAGCAAAUGUCUGCAGCAGCUGAUACGCUGCAUGUUUAGAAGAAACACUGGAAAGACACAAAUCACUAUAAAUAGCAAAAAUGAAUUUAACUGGGUCAUAGAAAUACUGACGUCAUCAGGGCAUCUCCAGGUCAUUCUUUCAUGCCUGAGACUCGUGCUUUUCGUCUUUAAUAUGAGAAUAAGAAGCUAUCUCAUAGUGUUGCUGUGAGAAGCACAUGAGAUGCUUAGUGCGAGAGAAAAUAUCGUAAAGUAUUAUACAAAUAUUCAUUAAAUGCUCACUUUCUUGUAUUUGAUUAUUAGUUGCUCAUUCUGUCAGUAGCCAGUAAGUUUAACAGCCAGUAAGGUAUUAAGGUGAAUCUAAUAGGAAGAAUUUUCAGUUUAGAGUUGCUUGCUUUUCAUUUUAACUUCCUAGGGUCUGAAACUAAGAGAAAAAUGUAGUUGCCUCUUUAGAGCAUCUGGAUUAGUGUCUGUCAGUGAGGGAUGUACCUUAGAAUCCCGUGAGACUCUUAAAAUUCAGACACUGGGCCGAAACAGCCUCUCUGGGGUGAUUCUGAUGCUUAUGUUCUCACAGAAGCUCUGGUCUGGAUAAACCCUUCGAGCUGCAUUUAUGUGUAUUGUUUUCGUCUCCCAACAGGCCUUUUCCAGUUCUGUGCACAGCUCUGGCAAGCUGGACCUAACUUCCUAACGUUGUCUGGGCAUCGCCCCCAGACUCUAAAUAGUAAGAAAGUCUAAGAGGUGUUUGCUCGCGAGGCGGCCCACUUGGGGGAAGCAGUGAGGAUGAGAGGAUUAUCUGCGGGCAAAUUGCAGACGUCUGUGACAGCCCUGCCAGUGUCUGGAUUACGGGCUAAACUCUCACACAGAGAGCACAAGUAGAGAAAGGGUUAAUUCAAACUGCUAGAAAAGCUAAAAGUAAAUUUUAAAACGCUGAGCUGCACGUAUUCAUGCUGGGAUGAGAGACUCCCUACAUGCUUGCUGGGCAUUUUGGUAUUUACCACUUAACAUCUUUUCAACUUCAGCAAGGGAUUUUUCCCCCCACUCCUCUAAUGUAAACACAGAUUUCUGAGCAAGUCAUUUCUCAAGCCAUGUCAUUUCCGGGAUAAAAAAAAAAUGUAAUAAUGUAUUAUCUGGAUGAUGUACUCAUCUGGAAAUAUUAGUUAUCCUUCGCUUACAGAUUUUGAAAUGAUAGAAUCCUGUUAUUUUGGGGCCAGUGUGUAGUGGUGCAAAAUGAUAGAACUUUUUUUUUAAGUUAAGAAAAAGGUUUUUUCUGAUUGCUAAAGACCUAAAAAUUCAUCAGUGGCAGAAAAAAGUUCUGAAGAGCUCCCUCCCCAGAUAGAUCUCUCUCCUCAAACAGCUCUAUUCCUUUUGAGAAUUUUUUCACUUAAAAAAUUUAAUUUUUGGUUGAUAAAAAUUUCCAUUUUUUAAGACUGCAGUUAUAUAACAGACUGUUUUCCCAACAGUCAUAAGACAUUAGAAAAUAUUUUGUUUUGUCAAAGUAACAGUUCUUUCUCUGUAACAUGAGGAUCUUUCCUCAGGGUUUCCUCUCCUGCUAAUACAAUGCGAAGCCCCUUCGGUCAGAAACAAAGCUGGUUAAAGCUGCUACCAGCCAGUCUUCUAAACUCUGCUCUUGUGUGACUUUGGAAAAACAGCUUCACCUCUUUGGUUCUCUGUUUCCAUGCCUGCACAGUGAGGAGGUUCAGCCAUGUGACUCAUGAGGCCCACCCCGAUUCUUGGCUCUGUGAAAUAGGGAGAAGUCUAGAGAGCUAGACUAUGAGGCUGGUUUGCCUCUAGCUUUGUCUAAUUUUCUUUAUGUCUUUUAGUCUGUUAUCACUUCUGUUUUUAAAAGUUCCUAAUAUCAACCCCACUCACCCUACAAAGGCAUAGACAUCAAAAUUGUAAAUGUGAGUCUGAAUGCACUUCAUAACUAACAGUGCUGUGUGGAGUUGGGGGAGAGUGGACAAUCGGCCCUGCUCCUGUGACAGAGCGUACCUACUCCCUCCCACCUCAGUUCAGGCCCGAUUCCACCCCAGGCGAGUGGGCCUGAGGUCUUUUCUGCCCACAGCCUCCUCUGACCAUCUGACUGUUGCUCAGGCUGGUUUCCACCUGGAAAUGCUUCCUUCCUCAUCUCUCUCCCCAAGUUUCUACCUGGUCUACAUGACUCACUCUUUUACAAAGCCAUCUCUGAUUCCCACAGCCCCUCCUGGUGAACCUCUUCCUUCAUAAUCACUGUACUUAGGCAGAGUAGCAUUUAAUUGUCUCCUUUUCACUCUGGAUUUGAUGGAUAGUAAAUAAAUUACUGACCCACUUUUUGGAGGGUAUGUUGUAAGGUGGCAUGCAUGGAAGAGUCGCUGUCUGCCCCUUGUAAGUCAUCCAUGGAAGCUUCUUGGUCUGGGGACCGGAGUGGGUGGGUGAACCAGUUCGUUGAGUGACUGGAAAGGCCAGAGGCUAGCUUACAAGCUGGAGGUUAAAAAAUGAAGCUACUCUCCCCCUCCAAAAAAAAUGAAAUAGGAAAAAAAAGUCAGUAGUGGGUUUUUGCAUCCAUUUCUCCCGAAAUACAGUUUUUAUUCAUAUUCUCAAGAUAUUAGGCAAUGGAGAUCUGUAUUGUCAAUAACAGCUCUUACAUAAUUCAGGAGAGCUGAUAUUGCAGUGAGUUGGAUUUUUUUUAGGAUUAAAAUUUGAAAAUAAGAAUAUGCACAUAUUCACUUCAGUGGAUACUUAUUGAGUUCCCCCUUUUUCUGAGCUCUAGGCUUGGUGGCAGUGGCAGCAAACAGAGAGACCUGACUCAGGCUCAUAAGGAUGCCCAGGUCCAGUGGAGAAGAUGGACAAGAAGAUGCAGGGACGGUGGGAUGUGUGCUAUGGCAGAGGUUUGGAAGGCAAGCAACAGGGAAAGUUCACAGAAGAGGAAUGUGAAAGGAGUGAAACUCUUAGGAUUUAGCCAGGUCAGGAAAGGAGCAGAUACCUUGAAGGUGUGUAUGGGGAAGUGGUAAAGAGUGAGGCUGGCUAUCAGGACUGGAGCCAGGUCUGGGGAGCAUUUAUUGCUACACUGAGGAUUAGUAUUUGGCCUGAAAACCACAAAGAGCCGCUGAGGGAAUUCAAGUAGAGCGGUUAGAGUGAUCACAUUUGCAUUUUAGAAAGAACUUGUAUCUUUAAAGUGACUAAUCACAGACACUUUCUUGGUUUUUUCACCAACAGAUACUGGCCCUCAUGCUUUAGAAGGUACAGGAGUGCAGAAAGGGCUGGGAGUAGGCCAAGGACAAUUUUUUAUUCUUGCCUAGGGCCUUCCAAAGCAAAACCUGCCAGUGUCUGAAAAGCCUGAGUCCCAGUUUACUGUGUUACAUGGGGUGAGUCACUGCACCUCUCUGAGCCUCUGUUUCCUGUAUAUUAAGUGGAAGAAGGGAUAUUAAUUCAAGUAAAAUCAAUUUAUUGGUUUAUGACCAGUAUUUAUCUUUUUUAAUGAAAUAGAAUGUGUUUGGGGAAAAAUCCCAUUUGUUUCUCCUUUACUCUCACAAUACUGUCAUACUCACCACACGUCUGACACUAAGUGUUGUGGGUUUUCCAUAUAUCAGACAAGUCUGCAACACCUGCUGGGUGUUCUACAAUUAAGUUCAGUUCUCACACUAUCUACUUGGAGUUUUAGCAUCAGAUCCAUAAGACUGCCCCAUUUAAGAUACGAGUUGCAAGUCCAAGGUUGUCACCUAUAUUUUUAACUGACCAGCCAUAAAUUGGGGUUCCCAUGAACCCCACCUUGGGUUCAGUAAUUUGCUAGAAUGGUUCAUAGUACUCAGGGAAACACUUACUUAUGCUUACCAGUUUGUUAUAUAACAAAGGAUAUGAUCAAGGAUAUGGAUAAAGAGCUACAUAGGGCAGGGUCCAGGAGGGUCCCAAGUGCAAGAACUUCUGUCCCCAAGGAAGUGGGGUGCACCACCCUCCUGGAAUGUAGAUGUGUUCACCAGUCUGGAAGCUCUCUGAACCACAUACUUUUGGAAUUUUUAUGGAGGCUUCAUCAUGUAGAAAUGAUCAAUCAUUAACUCCAAUUCUAGCCCUGCUCCCCUUCCCCAGUGAUGAGGGAUGGGGCUGAAAGUUCCAAGCUUCUGAUCCAGAGCUUGGUCUUUCUGGUGACCAGCCCCCAUCCUGAAGCUAUUCAGGAGCCCGCCCAGAGUCACCUCGUUAGAACAAAACUAUCACCCAGGAAAUUCUGAGGCAUUUAGGGGCUCUCUGUUAGGAACUGGGAUCAAAGACCAAAUAUUGGAACAAAAGAUGCUCCUCAUAAUCUCAUCACUAAGGAAAUUUCAAGGGUUUUAGGAGUUCUGUGCCAGGAACCUGGGGCAGAGACCAAUAUAUGUUUUCUGUUAUUUCAGAGAUACAUAGAAAGGAGUGCAAUGCACGUAGUGAAGGUAUUAUUGUUUUGUGAAACUUUAAUUUCAAGUACAUGCAUAGAAAAUCUGUAUUAUGAUGUGUGUAUGUGCGCAUGUGCUAGGUUGUGAUGUAAGUGUAUUUCUAACUCCAGGGAGCAGUCAGAGAUUUAAAUGUGAUGUAAGUGUAUUUCUAACUCCAGGGAGCAGUCAGAGAUUUAAAAACUAAUGGACAAAUAAGCUCCCUUGCAAUUCUAAGAAUCUCUGAUUCUCUUCUCAUGCUGCUGACCAGUAAGUUGCUAAAGGUUGUUCUAGAAGGUAUAGGAAGUACUUAACUAUUAUCGUGCCCAUGGCACUGGGCUACUUCGAUAUGCACAUAGUUUCUCACAGCUCUCCCUCUGGAUUUCUGUAGGGCUUGUCUGUAAAAGUGAUUUCACAUUUUAUUCUUAAAUUUAAUAGUGUUCUUUAAAGCAGUUCUGUAAUGCCAAGCCCUUGCUUUAAUUUUUUUUGUGUUGUCAAUAUUGACACCUAGUGGUAAAAGAGCCCUAUUACAAAUACUCUGAAUUCUAGACUGUUAGAACUUAAAGUGAUCUUAGAGGUCACCAAGUCCCAUUUGGUAAAUUAGGUUAAAAAUGAACUGGAAACGCAAUGUAUUCCAACGUUCAGAUAAAGUUCACAUUAGAAUAAAUAAAGCCUCUGGCUAGGUGGUGAUUUCUUGGAUUACCUUGAAGUUUUUCAAAUAACUAGAAAUCACUGUUAGGCAGAAGUUAAACAAAGUAUGCUGUGAUAGGCUAACAAGAAAUCAUAGUUCAAUAAAUCUACAGCCUUUGGUGUGUUGGUAUUUACGUAUGUACGCCAGAUCUUCAGGGCUGAGCAUGGCUAUUAUUUCUUUUAUAUCAAAACGUACCAAAUAGUUUUAGGGCUUUUAGGUUGUUUCUAAUUCUUCACUGUUUAUUUAACAUGCAUUCAUUGGGCACUUACUUCCUGAAUGUUCAAGACCUGUGCUGAGGAUAUACUGUUCAGUAGGACAGACAAAGCCCUUCCCUCAGAGAACUUUCCAAAUGUAAUGCAGUAAGAUAUGUGUGCAGAAAUAGUUACAUCCUGUUUCUUUGGGUUACACCCUCACUAAGGGAAUAAACAGGUCAAAGGAUAUGGAAUGUCUUGAGAUUUUUGAUUCAUGCUGCUCAGUUAUUCACCAAUAAGGCUAUCCCAGUUUGCAUUCCCCAAAGCAGUCUGUGUGCUACCAUUUCCUAAAAUCUUUGAAAAUAAUUUUAUUUUACUGUGCUUUUAUUAUUGAUCAUUUUCUCCUCUGGUCUUGCUACAAUUUGCAUGGCUUCUCAUUUUUGUUUCUUCCCAAUGUGGUAUAUAUUUCGCAGUGUGACCAGGGUUAGUUUGUAGCCUCUCUGUUGUACACUUGAUUACCCCACAUCUUCAUUUUGCCCCAUGCGAGCUGACUGUCUAUGUACUGGUUUGUACAGCCAGAGAGUAUGGCAGUUAAACGAUAAGGAUUUGUAUGAUUUAAAAAAAUUAUUAUGGGAAAUUUCAUACAGACUCACAAGUAAAGAAGAUUGUACAAUGAACCUUCACAUACCUAUAAGUCGGAAUCAGCAACUACCAGGAUUUUUGCCACAUUUGCUUCAUUUAACCCUUGUUUUUUACUUUAUAUUUGCUCAGAUUUUUUUUAAACACAGACAUUAUGUCAUUUGUUUUUACAGGUGCACGCUGAACAUUUUUUAUUUGAUCUUUUCUGUUAAGUUUUACUCCAAACUUAGGUGUUAAAGUAUCUUUGGGAUUUGCCCUCUGCUUUUACUUCUGAGUGUGGGGUUUGUAACGUCUUUCUUAUUCUGCAUUUGCCAGUGAUAUUGGGGAACUUUUCUCUAAAAUGGCCCCCUGUUCUGUUAUUGGGUCAGCUGGUGCCAUCAAAGCAGAACGUGAAAUGUGCUAGUUGCAGGUUCUGCAGCCUGGAUUACCCAUCCGCAGAUCCUCACCACGCUGAGGACAUUUCAUAGAUGCUGUCAAACCACAGGCAACGUCUCACGACCAUUCUCAGGUGUGAUUAAAUUGAGUAAUUAUGUAAUAUGUGACUAAAUCUGCUCACUGUUGUACAAAUUUAAACAGUAGCUUGUUUCUUAGGCAGAAACUCCUUCAAAAAUCUGAAAAAUGUAUAGACCCCCUUUUCAGAAAAAUAUGUGUGUAUGUGUGUGUAUGCUUACAGAAAAAUCAGAAAAUUCUACAUAGUUUCAGGAGGACACACACACACACACACACACACACACACACCCCGCUAUCCCGCUAUGUUAUGUCAUGGGCAGGAGGAAGAGGGAUAUGGUGACAGGGAAAAAACUACCUAAUUAUAAACAUAAGAAAAUGUGUAAAAUACAGAGUGAACGGAAGUCAACUAUUGCAUAUACUAGCACUGAAAUUUUAAGAAAAUACUUGGAAUAUAUCAAGAACUGAAGGAGGGGCAAAGUGGUCCAACGUAUCUGCAAACACACACAAAAACAGAAUACCUGAAGCUGUCAAGCUACAUAGAAAAAAUAUAUAUGUCUUCUCAUAAACCAGAUAAAUAAAUGCUCAAAGCUGUUGGGGGAAAAGAUAUGACAAAACAAUCUAUUUCAUGUCAUUGUUUCCAAAACAGGUAUUAAUAGACAAAACCUGUUUCAACAAGUAACAUUUCCCUCCACUGUUCUCAGCUGUGAUUGACAUAAAAAGUUAUUUAAAAUGUGGCUCACUCUGCCCACUAUUGUUCAGAUUUAAACAUUUGCUGGUUGUAAGAGGUAAGAAAGCAGUAUAAUAUAUUUAUCCACAUCUAGACUUAUUUGAAAAUGUGGGUAUGCUCAGCAUGUCCUACCCUUUUAACCCAACCAAGUAACAUGACCCCUUGUUCUACUUCUAAUUAACUACAGUGAAUGAGAUUUAGAAAGCUAGACUUCAAACACAAACAAACAAAAACUCCUACACUAUGAAUAGAUUAGAUAAUUUAUGUCAAUAACUUAUUACCACAAGUAAGGACCUGCGGAGGAAGCUGACACUUCUCAGACUGGAAAGUCUGAAGAGGUGAUCUGGGGUCAUGAUUUCCUCUUCUCCCUCCUACAGGAGAAACUCCUUAGCAUCAGAGUUGCCAUUUGAAAGCUUCAGGUCCUCUGGGAAGCAAUGAUGACGUUCAUCACAUCUGGCUCGAGUUCUAAGUGCUGUAUGUGAGUAGCUCCAUCAUUUUGAAGAUACACACCACAUACUAAAGUCUGAAUGCGGUGGCGACUGUGUGUGUGUCUGCAUAUUUGGAAAUAUGGGUUGUCACUCCUGGGUCCCUUCAAAUGUGUCACUCUAAAAAUGAUUUUCCCCAUGAGACAACUUACACUUAAAAACAUUCAGUUGUUGAAUGUUUUAAUACUUUGCUCUAAAACUCCUGUGGUGACAUUACCAUGACAAUAAGCUUUGAAAAUCCACUUCUUUUCCUCACACACUAAUAAACAUGCCAUACCUUUUCCAAAUAAUACAGAUGGAAAUUGUGCUAGAAACUAGAAAUGCUUAGUACAACCUAUGAAGGCAAUCUCCCAACUACAAUAUCAUAAGAAAUGUAAGUUAACACUUGGAUGAUCCAUUUAAACAGAUUUUAUAGGUUAAAAUAAAGAUUAUACAAGUAGCUGUUAGUGAAAAUUUUGGUGUAAUAUGGUAAUUUAUAAUCUUGGUCUCUUUUCUCGACUUUGUGUAAAACCAAUAAAGAAAUGUUAGCUACUCUGUCAACCUUGAAA